AUGGCACACAAGGCGGAAUACAAGCUCUCGACAGAGCAAAUCGAUCAUUACAUGCGGUUUGGAUAUCUGCGCCUGACCGACUGCUUCUCCCGGGAAAAAGCUGCACAAUGGACAGGAGAUGUGUGGACUAGACUGGGCUACUCGCCAACAGACAAGUCGACGUGGGCGUGCGAACGCGUCAACAUGCCACAACACAAAGAAGAGCCGGUGAAGACAUUCGCUCCAAAGGCCUGGGCGGCCAUCUGCGAGCUCCUCGGCGGCGAAGACCGCUGGGAGGGUCGGUGGCCCGAGCCUGCUGAUCUGCCGGGAUGGCAUGCCGAUGGGGAUUUCUUCGUUCACUUCCUGGACUCGCCCGAGCAAGCGUUAUUGGUCAUUCCCAUCUUCAGCGAUAUCCAGGAUCAUGCGGGCGGUACUAUGGUCUGCCCCGACGCGAUCAAAAGGAUGGCACAAUACCUAGUAAGUAUACUACGCCCCUGUUCACCAGGUCUAUAUCUUACCAUUUGCUGCCAGUACGAGCAUCCCGAAGGAGUAUCGCCAUACAUGGUUCCUCGUGGGGGAAAGCCCCCACCCACGAAGCGAGGGUUCUACUCUGAUAUUGUCCACGAGUGUCAUGAAUUUCACGAGAUGACGGGCAAAACUGGUGAUGUGGUUCUUCUGCAUCCGCUGAUGAUUCACUCAGCAUCGAUAAACAGUCUGAGGAUCCCCCGGAUGAUCACCAACCCACCGGUCUCGUUGAAGAAGCCUUUCGAUUUCGACCGCAGAAACCCAAAAAAGUACAGUAUUGUAGAGCAAAAGACACUCCGAGACCUUGGCAAGGAUCGACUACCUGGGUGGAAGGUCAAAGGUAAAAGGAAGUUUGUUGUGCCCGAGAGGGUGAGAAAGCAAGAGCAGAUGAAGAAGCUUGAGCUAGAGAGACUACAGAAGGGUCCUUGA